AUGACAAACCGCGGGUCAGAACGCAGAGACCGCUCGCGGCCAACCAACGGACGCGAGGCUACUCGUAGCCUGAAGGCAGCUCCAAGCUUCAUCAUCGACACUCACAGACACCAUCAACGCCAACCUGCACCACGCAUUGCCAUCUCCGCUCUCACUGCCAUCCUCGCCCUACACUUUGCACCAGCACGAGGCCCAAAUCAACAACCGCACAAGAUACACCACAUAACUUCUUCCCUUCCACAAACCUACGUCAAGAUGUCGAUGCGCAUCGUGCCCGCAAACUCCAACCCCGAGUCCUUCACCCACACAUCGCACACCUCGUCCGCCCCCUCCGCCCCCGGCGUCCACGAUACUCUCCGCCACGGCGUCGGCCAGUCCCCCUACGACGCGGCCGCCAACAAGCCUUCCUCCGCACACCCCCUCGAAGCCCGUCUCAAGAACUGGGAGGCGACCCAGCAGGCCGCCCGCAUGGAAUCGCUCCGUCGAACAUUCGGAAUUGCCGAGCCCGUCCGUCGGGGCAUGGAGCUCAAGAUUGUCAGAGACGGCGAGUGGCGGCCCUUGGCGCUUGGAAACGGCUUGGCCAGCGUACACGAGGAUAUCCUGAAGGGACGAGAAGACACGAUUACGUGGGAGGAUGUAUUCACCGGCGAGGAGAUGAAGGGUGUUCCUGGAGUCCAUGAUGAGAUGGAGAAGAAGCUCAAGAUUCAGUAG